AUGGCGGAUGCGCUGGUGCUGCGGGCUCUUCGGGGAAACGCAAAGCAGCUGGACCUGAGCGGCAAGAAACUGAGGCGGGUUCCAAAGGCGGUGGGGAGGUUAUUCGAACUGAACCGCCUCCAGCUGAAAAAUAAUCUGAUCAGCGACCUGCCGGCGGAGUUACAGGCGCUCAACAAUUUGACAGAACUCAAUUUGGGAAAUAAUUCCUUUGAAGCACUUCCAGAAGUUCUGAAACAUCUAAGACAAUUAAGGAAGCUCCACUUGUUUGAUAACAAACUCGAAGCAUUAUCUCCAAAUGUAUUGGAAUGUUUAGAAAACCUAACUUUCUUGAACCUGAAUAAAAACAAGUUGACAACCUUGCCUGAAGAGAUAUGCAGGCUGGCACAGCUCAAAUAUCUUACUGUGAACAACAACCAACUGGAGAGCAUUCCAAGCAAACUUUGUCUCCUACAACAUCUUUGUGAACUACAUUUAGCACACAAUAAACUCAAAUCACUUCCACAUGACAUUGGAUAUUUGACUAAUCUCAAGAAGCUUUCUGUGCCAAGGAAUGAAAUCCAGGUGCUCCCUGAAAUAAAGAUGACAAGAACUUUUGUGUACAGAAUACUCAGAAAGCAGGAACUGUGUGUACUAAGAAACUUGAAAGUAUUAGAUGUUGCUGGAAAUCAAUUACAUAUUUUCCCAACAAAGUUACUGCACCUUAAACUGGAAGAAUUCUACUAUGAACAGAAUCCUCUUUUGGAAAAGGAUCUUAUUGCGUCAACACAAAUGAAUGAAGUUUUAACUCUUCAGGAAAUUACAGCACGGUAUAUCUUGAAUGGACUGAGUGGUAAUUCACUCACUGAAGCUCUUGAACAUUAUCCAGAAGCAAGAAAAAUAUUGGCUCAUGCAAGUUUGUGCGCUGUAUGUAAACGUAGCUUUCUGAACACCUGGCUUGAAUGUGUGAGCUUUGUUGAUCUAGCAAAGAAAAUUAGCAUAACUAGUCCUGUUCACGUUGUUCCCAUCCGAGCCUUGCUUUGUUCGUACAGAUGUUUUAAUGAAUCAGGUCAUCAGUUCUAUGGGAUAGCAAUUCCAUGA